AUGUUCAACGGAAUGGACAAUAUGUUUACCGUGAGCGUGUCCGCGCCGGGGAAGGUGAUCCUCCAUGGGGAGCAUGCAGUGGUUUAUGGGAAGACCGCUCUCGCAGUCAGCCUCGGGCUUAGGAGCUCUAUUGUUGUGAAGGAAGUGAAUUCGAUAAAGGAACCGGCGGUCUACAUCCACAUGCCGAGUGUGGAACUCCAGGAAACUAUACCAUUGACGCCCACGAUAAAAGCCCUGUUCUGUCCGCGGCUACUCCAAGACAUCUCCGGCAAAUUCUCCUGGAAAAUGCCGGACAAGUUAGACCACGACCAACACUUGAGGAGAGUCGAGGAGUUCCUGCACAUAAUCAAGCCCAACUUCGAUGUUCUCCCAUCGAACCAGAAGAAUUCCUUGCGCGUGUUUCUCUAUAUGUUCUCUGGAAUAUUCGGCAGUACUGAUAUCAGAGUGAAAUCUUUGGACAUUUCAAUUGGUACUGAGUUAACAAUUGGCGCUGGGACUGGUAGUUCGGCCUCCUUCGCUGUGUGCCUGGCCGGUGCUUUGAUCCAGCUGCUGAAAUUGAAAAGCCAUUCGUCGAAUUACGACGCCUAUUAUGAUGAAGAUUUCUCGAUGACGGAGAAGGAAAUAAUUUCGGAAUGGGCGUACAACGGUGAAAGGAUCAUGCAUGGUACUCCAUCCGGCAUCGACAACGUGUCGUGCACGUUCGGCUCCGUGGUGUCUUACAAGAAAGGCCAUAAGCCACGAUACAUCGAUGCUAGGCUGGACCUCCGCAUCUUAUUGGUGGAUACACGCGUACAGCGAGAAACCCGGGCGCUAGUGAUGAAGGUGGCUACUGUUCGCCAGAGGAACACAGCUGCAAUAGACCACAUCAUGGAGGCGUGCGACCAUCUAGCAAAUACUGCGAUACAGGUUUUAUUGAAGUUAUCGAGUGGCAAAUGCGAUACGGACGUGGAAUCAGACUACCAGCACUUGGCAGAGUUAUGGGAAAUGAACCAUUGGCUGCUGGGCGCGUUGGGAGUAUCGCAUCCGUCUUUAGAGACCAUUCACGCAGCGGCGCGGGCGCGCGGACUCGCCUGCAAAUUGACCGGCGCUGGCGGUGGCGGUUACGCUAUGGUCCUCAUACCACCGUCGACGCCCCGGUCCACAGUAGAUGGCUUAACAGGCCAACUCCUGGAGCUCGGCUUCCGAGUCACGGAGACCAGAUUAGGUGGCCCUGGCGUUUCCUUGGAAAUGUGA